CCACGACUCUCCAAAGCUCUACACCUUUCAUUCCUUACUCUCAGAAGGCGAGGUGACGCCGAGGACCAUUGUUUUUCCCUCUACAUCAGAGUUAUUUUACAUUGAGAGUAAGCCUAUUUACUAUUUUUAUUUUAUUUUUUCCAGAGGACGUAGCUUAAUUUGACUCCAGGGCGUAAGUUACAUGUGAGAUAUUUUUUUAUAGGCUGUAUCCUAUCAGGAUAGACAUAGAGCAGCAUAUAUUUCCGAGCAGUUCGUCACCUCAGGACCAUGUGAACAACCCGAGGACCUGAGUCAAAUUCAAUGGAUAUGAACGAUCAUCUCACUAUGACUGAUUUUGGGAAUAUCUGACAUGGCAAAGAUGCCUACUUUCUUCAUGAGAAUCAUGCUUGCCAAAAUACUGACUCUGGCUCUAUUGCACGGUGUCUUAAUGUCUCCCGUGAAAUCCGAGAGCAAUGCCAGAAGUCUCCCAGACUCCAAGCUGUCCGGCUCCAGGACUCUAAAGGGCUCCCAACUGUCUGACAUCUCAAAGUCCAGACAAAAGCGCUGCACCUGUUAUUCCUACUCGGAUAAGGAGUGCGUGUACUACUGUCACUUGGAUAUCAUCUGGAUUAACACUCCCGAGCGUACUGUGCCCUAUGGUAUGUCCAGCUAUAGAGGAUCACAGAGACCCAGACGUGCUGUAGGAGGAGGAUUGACCAAACAUGAUGGGCCAAAGACACGCUGCAUUUGUGCUGUGGCUGAUUCAGACCUUGAAUGCCACAACUUUUGCCUGUCAAUCCCCAAUCAGACUCGGUCAACCAAGAGUCUCCACAGAGUCCCUGGCCCUGGAUGACGGUUUCUAACCCCACCAUCUGCUGCUCUUGUCCUUGAGUGAAUGGACCGUUCCCUCCUCUUCGGCUCCUUCCCUUUUGCGAUCCGUAUGGCAUCCUGCCUCCCAGGUAUACACAGUCAAGGGAAGAACUUCGAAGCUGAACACUGCCAACAUUCCUCAACAUCAAAACUUUUGAAGCAAGUUCCAUCAGGCCAAGUGGUUUCAGGAACUCUUCUGCAAAUUUGAUGCAGAUCUCUGGAGGCUAUUCCCUUUUUGUUCCCCCCAGAGAGCAGAACAGGGAUUACUUUCACCAUCAUAUCAAGAUAAUAGCCUAUGAUGUGGCUUAUGUCAAGCUUAAUCAAACCGGCCCUUUAGUUUCAUACUUAGUGUUGUGGACUACACUUAAUUUAAUCUUUUAAAGCAAUGAGGCAAAUUUACGCUUAUACCCAAGGGACAAGACAGUUCCACUAAAGUGCCGGCAAGGAGUAAGUGCCUUGGGGAAACAUGGAAAGUAGGAGAAGGACUAAAUAUUGGGACUUUAAAAAGGCUAAAAAGUGCAACAUAAAAGGAAGGUUAAUUUUUGGGCAUAUAUCUUUUUUGGAGAUGACACUUAUUGACCUUUUUCAAUUGAUCAUUUAAAAUCAUUGACUGUUCUCUCAGCAUAAUCACAGAAAUUGCUGUUUUUUUCUGCAAAAUUCUUCAUUUCGGUGUAAAUUUACCAUUGACCAACUCUAACCUUGUCUGAGUCUUUGUGUAUGGUCUGAGUAAGCACAACAUUUGGCUUUAAUUGAUAUUUUUCAGCUGUAGAUUUCUUAUAGAUUAAUGAGUGAAACUGUUGCUUUACUACAUUUUUUCUUACUGACAAUGAGAUCAAAAGAUUACGUAAAAUUAAAGUUUAAAAAGAUUUGCGGACGUUUUUUUUGCCCACAUGCCAACUUGUAAAAAAGUCACAUCAUUGCUUUGAGUAAGUAAGACGCAAGUAAAAUACGAAUUUUAUUGAAUGAUAUUGGUCUUCUCAUCAGUACUCACAUUUGCUCACAUGCACACACCAAAUGUUAAUCUACAACUGUAAAAGGGAAAAAAACAUACAAACAUAUUUAGGCCUAAUUUAAGUGCCAUGAGUUAGAGAUAUUAUUUUUUUCCCUAAAGGAUUAUAAAAGUAUUUAGCUUUUGUCAUAUCUUAUGCCAGAGGAAGAAUCAAUAUUGGAUUAAAAAAAUAAAUAAAUAAAGCACCCAACAACUUCAAAACCAACUGUAAUUUAGUCAUAUUAAAUUAAUAAGCACCUAACAGGAUAAGAUAGGUAGUGUUCCACCUUUGUCAAACAAUUUGGUUCCUGGCCUCUGGAACUUUUUGCACCAUGAAGAGCUUUCAUAACAGAUCUGGUUACCAAUAAACUAUACUGUCGAAUUAUAUUAUGUAGUUGAAUGUAAACAAACUAACAUGUUGCUUUUGUAUUUUUUGUUGUUGUUCGUUUUUAUCCCAUGUUGCAAACAAAUUAAUCUAUUUUGUUCUUAUUUGUAUUAUAGGCUCUUUUAUAUGAACAGCUUUUUUGUCACCCAAAGCUCCGUUUAUAUUUGUUUCUUGAAUACAUUUUGAUCAGUUACUCAACUUUACAAUAUCUAGAAGGCAAAACAACAGAUCAAAUUAACUAUUGUUUGUUAGUUCAAAUGACGCUGAUGAUAAUUUAUUUCUUUUGUAUAUAAAUGAUGUGUAUUAAUCCCAAAUGCUGUGUCUAAAAGUUUUCAUAUCUGAUAUUCAGUGCAUGCCUCCAUUUUCAUCCACUCAUCCUUGUGCUGACCUCUAUAUCUUUUUUUUUAUUGUUGUUUUUUUGGAAAGAUUGUUCCUAUCCAUUGCCAAGUGUUUCCCCAGGAUUGCUAGGAUUCUCUAUAGACUUACGCAUUGUUAUUCCAAGAUUUAACAAAGCUUUGAAGGAUAUCUACUACCACCUCAGUCACAGACACUCAAAUUGAUACUGAAAGAAGUUACUUUGUGCUUUAGAGAGGCACACAUGAGCAUGCCUAUCCUUUUAGCUUUACUAAAAUUAUCGGUUGACUUUUAAUUAAAGUGGUGAGAAGUCCUUUACCUGCAGAAUCACCAUCCCUACCAUCAUGAUGGAAAUGUGAUGCCUUGUUGCAGGAUAGUUGUCAGGGAGCCUAACAAAAGAUGAAAACUUGGCAUUUGUGAAGCAUGGGAUAUUCCAAGAAAUCAAAGCCAAAGUGGUCAAGCAGUGUCUGAUUUAGAACAAAAUCAGCAUUUAAGGGUGGCUCGGCCAACAGCCCAGGAACUGAUCCCAUGCAGGUUUGUUGAGGUAACAAAAGACCAAAGGCAUGGCAAGGAAGGCAAAAAUGCCUUCCAACUUCAAAGACCUCAAGAUCAUCUGAAGAUAUUUAGUGGAUGAUGAUGAAAAGGAGUGAUCCAAAACAUCACGGGAGACAGGCAGUACUAAAAACAUUUGAUACCUUAAAAGAGUCAGAGGAAGCGAAAAAUUGCCUUGCCACCAAUUACGUAGAGGUGGUCAGACAUUUAGGCAAUAUGGGAUAAAGUAUAUGACUAAAAUAAUAAAUAUUGAUCAUUACAAAGCCUUUGAGGAAGAUGGAUAGAGCCUUAACAAUAAAGAAUGUGUUUUUUUUCAGAAAAAUCUGUAAAUUGUGAAUGUAACUGAAUGUAAUCAGAAUCCUAUCACAUAUACAUAUUUCAUAUAAUUAUGGGAAAAAAUGUACAAGAGAAGUGUCAGUAUUAUUGUUACAUGUUAUGUAGCUAUGUCAACUAACAUCGAUUGUUCACUUUCUUGAAGCAACCAGAAACACAUCUACAGUUAAGAAUAAGAUUUAUCUUUCGGCCAACAGUUGUAACAUUAUCACUAUUUCUUAUGUAUACCUGUAUAUACAUUCAUGAUUCCUAUAUUUAUAUAUCUUAACGUCUAAACAAAUGUAACAAGAUUAUAUUAAUGGAGGAGAUAUGAGGUUAUAAGACAGUACUUAAUAUGUUUUGUUUAGAAAAACUUAAAAUUGAUCCCUUAUAUUUACUGUCUAGAAUGGUACUAAUCUUUCCUGUGAGUUACCUGUAAAUUGCAAUAUUUUAAUUGCAUUUUUAUCGCUUGUUACUGGAGGCAAUCAUGUUACCACUUUAUUGUAAUUUGAAGGUAUUACAUUUUCAUCAGCUUUUUUUAUUCAGGUCACCACAAAGUCAGUCUAGCUCUCUGUGGUAGGUUUUGUCACUUUGUUCUAAGCAAAGAUGACAUAAAAAAAUAUAUAUAUAUUAAUUUAUAUUUGUAAAUUAAUAUAUAUGUAUGUGUACCUCCAAGUCCCAACCAUCAGGUGAAAAAAGUACAAAUACAACAUGCAGAAAUAGUGUGUGAAUAGUUACUUGUGAGUAAAAUUCUGCCACAUCACAGUCCGGCACAGCUGGACUGCCUGAGGUCUAACGGUCUGUCAGGCAUGUACGAGGUCAGCAGCAGUGCUUCAAGUCUAACUUCCCCUGAACUGCUUCCUUAGGGUCAUCUCCUGUGUGAUGAGUUGAAAGUGAACUCACCAGACCAGCAUACCAUCUCAUUGUGAGCUUUGCGCUGCCACCAUAGACAGUCUUAAGCCUCCCAAAGCUACACUUAAUGUUAUUACACAUGUAAUCUCUCUGAGUUGGUCCAUUGCACAAUAUCUCAUAAAACUUAAUUAUUGUCUUGAAGAAGAACACUUAAAUGACUACACAUACUAGCAACAGGACAUUCUGCAUAUUUGCUACAGGUGCAGAACAAACAAUGCAAAUGCCAGGUUCUGUCAAACUUGUGUAAAAGCAUGCAACAGAAAUCCAGCGAUCUGAAAGAGCUGAUCGCGCUGAUUUUCCUGCUUUUACAUGUUACUUUUUCUUGUUAUCUUCAAGGGAAGUCCCUUUAUCUAGAUAAUGAGCUCAUUUUCGUGUAAUCUGUGUGAGGCAGUAUAUAUUUUUCGUGAUCAUGAGCUUAUUGUAAUUAAUUUGAUAAAAUGUCUGUUUGUUUUCUCAAGAUAAAGAUAAAAAAUGUCCAUGAUGACAAAGCAGCUUUGUUAUUCUGAGCUUGUGCAAUAUUUUCCUGAGAUAAAAAAGAAAAAAAAAUUGCAACCAUGUCCACUUUUUCUUUGGGGGGGAGGGGGUGUAUGCAAACUAUGUAUUGUCUUAUUAUUUGCUUGUUGUCAUUAAAAAACCUUAUACCUUUAUAAACAAAACGUGAGAUGAACUCGAUCUUUGAAACCUUAAUACCACUUAUCAUCCUGGAAUGUCACACUAAGUCCAGCCCAAAUAAGCUUACCCUGGAGCCUCAGAGUAAACCCUCCACAGUCGGUAAGGCCCAUUUCCCACAGUACACCCUGGGAAAUACUUCUGCACAGACAUCCUGACCAUUUCACGGCAGGUUCAGGGCCCUUACUGUGGCUUAAACUUAGGUGAAUGAAUAGUUGCCUCUUGUCAUGCAGUAAAACUUCUGUUAGAGACUUUUAAGGGAAGGUCAUAUCGUGCAAAUAUAAUGUAUCGCAUGCUUUGGAUUUGGUGUAAA